AUGACGGGCGGCUGCCGACCAUAUCAGAAUCGCGUCUCGCCGUGGGGCACAGCAGAGGUGGUGAGGGCCUUUGCCAGCAAGGCGUGGCUCGCGUGCAAGCUAGAGGUGGACCGGACUCGGAAGGUGCAGCGUAAUGACAACAGAGCUUUCAACGGCCGGCGGCGCGUCCUCUUCUCCCCGAGUCGCUACACCGAACUCUUCUUCCUCGACGAAGCGACCGCCCUAGCGGCCGGCCACCGCCCCUGCAGCUGCUGCCGCCGCGCCGCCUUUGAUGCAUUCAUGGUUGAAUGGGCGCGGAGCCACCCGUCCGAGGAGAGGUGGUCCGCCGCCCGAGUGGACACCGCUCUGCACACGCAGCGCAUCGAUGGCGGCGGGCAUAAGCGGCGGCAUGCAAUCAGCGGCGACGUGAAGCAUCUUCCCGACGGUGCAAUGCUGGAGCUAGUGCGGGAGGGCGAGGAGGAGUCAUCCGCGUGGCUGGUCUGGCGAGGCUCGCUUCUCCGCUGGUCGCACCAGGGCUACUGCGAACGAAUUUCCAAGGAGUUACCGCUGCCUGGUGGCUCGCUCCUCACGCCGCCUGGGACCAUCGCGGUGCUCUCCAGCGGCGCCAUCGUCCCGCGCGUGGACCCGAGUGCAGACCUCCUGAGCGCGCAGCCGCCCGGAUCCAGUGUUUAG